AUGCUCACCCAGUCAAGCCCCAGCCCUGUCACUAAGUUCAAGGAAAGUGGCGACUGCACUGUCAACUCCGGUGGAUCCUUUGUGAGUGCCAGCACGAUGGCUGGCCCCACCAUCAAUGACAGCAGUAUAAGUCCAAGUGUCUGCAGUAGCAGCAUCAGUGCGCAGCCUACUACCUCCAUAGACAUUCAAAAGUGCGGUCCAAAGAAGCUGGAAAGAGUGAUCAAGAGGAUUUUCUGGGGCAUUGAGGUAGCUGAGGAGCUGAAGUGGAAAGACUGGGAUCUGGGAAAGGAGACCACAAGGAACCUGAUCCUGAAAAAUCUCUCCAUGAAGAUCCAGAGGAUGAAGUACAGGCCUCCCAGGACCAAGUUCUUCUUCACGGCCAUCCCUCAGCCCAUCUUCCUGAGCCCAGGCAUCACCCUCACAAUCCCCAUCGUCUUCCGGCCUCUGGAGAAGAAGGAAUACAUGGACCAGAUGUGGUUUGAGAAAGAGGAGGGGAUAUUCCCUGUGUGUCUGAGGGCCAUCUUGCCUUGCCACAAGCUAGUUUGCCCAUCAUCUCUACACCUGCCCAUGUGUGCCAUUGGGGACACAGUUGAAGCCUGGUUCUGCCUGGAGAAUGUGGGGGACCUGCCUACCUUCUUCACCUGGGAGCUCCCCAGCCCAUUCCAGAUCUUCCCUGUCACGGGAUUACUGGAGCCAGGCUUGGCCUGUAAGAUGAAAGUGACCUUUCAGCCCCUCGUAGCUGUCAUCCAUGAAGUUGAGGCCACGUGCUGCUAUGGAAAGGACUGCAAGCAGAAGAGCAGCAUCCAGAUUCGGGGUGUAGGCAAAUGUGCUCAGCUGCUGGUGAGCAUCAGACGCAAGCGAUCAGAAGACAAAGAUAUAGAGGGCCUCCAGAAAGUGUUGCACUUUGGCCCUGUCUCUGUGGGCUGCAUCGCUGAGAGACAGAUCAAACUGUAUAACCCAUCUGCAGUAAAUGCUCCCUUCCGGAUUGAAAUGGUCCCAGAUGUUCUGUUCAAAGACCAGGCGUUCUCCUGCUCCAAGAGUUAUGGCAUUGUACCCCCACGAGAGAAGAAAUGUGUGUCUCUGUUCUUCCAUCCCAAGACUGUGGACAGUAAAACUGUGGAAUAUUUCUCCAUCCUACCUGCUGGAUGUGCUUCCCAAACUCUGCUCCAAGUCAUUGGUUUAUGUAAAGGUCCUGCUGUGUCCUUUCAGCACUCCUGUGUCAAUUUCAGCUGGGUCAUACUUGGAGAACGCUCAGAGCAGACCCUGUGGAUUGAGAACCAGUCACGUUGCUUGGCCCACUUUCAAUUUAUCAUUGACUGCCAGGAGAGUGUGUUCAGUAUCAGCCCUGCCUUUGGGACCCUGAUGGGCAAGGUCCGCAUGACCCUGCACUGUGCCUUCCAGCCCACUCACCCCAACAUCUACUUUCGACGGGUGGCCUGUCUUAUCCACCACCAGGAUCCACUGUUCCUGGACCUGAUUGGGACCUGCCAUUCAGACCGCAUCAAGCCAGUCAUCCUGAAGCCUCGGCAUCUCACCUGGUACCGUACCCACCAGACUCGAGGCCUGAUAUCCUACCCUCCUGACAUCCUGACUGCCAUGCUAAGGGAGAAGAAGCUAGAACAGGAUCCAAAUGGGGCCCUCAUGGUCUGGGCUCUGUCCCUGUCUUUCCCUGUGCAGGACAUGAACACACCAGCCCUGCAGUUGCCCCGCAUCCCGCCCACAACAGAAUUCUUAUUUGAUGGCACCAGUGACAUGACCAUCUUUCCCCCUGUGGUCCGUGUAGAGCCUGCUGAGGUGGACUUUGGUUCCUGUCCUGGGCCUGAGACCCCCAACCCUAUCCCCCUGUGCCUUUCAAACCACACCAAAGGCAAGAUCACAGUAGUCUGGACACACAGGUCUGAUUGCCCCUUCUGGGUGACUCCGGAGACCUUUGAUGUACCCCCACUCAAGUCUAUGGCCCUGCGCCUGCACUUCCAGCCACCCAGCCCCAACAGCCUCUAUGCUGUGGAGCUCGAAGCCUUUGCCGUCUACAAGGCCCUGUGGAGCUACAGUAAUAUAGAAGAGGACUGCACUGUGUCCCCACCCUGGUGUCUGACAGUGCAGGUUCGAGGCCACAGCUAUAGCGCUGUCUCGGAACACCGCAUACCCCAAUAUUCUCUGGAUACACCCAAGCUGUUUCCUGCAGUGCCUUCUGGUGAGUCUUCUUACCGCAGCCUGCUUCUGGAAAACAAAGGUUCCGAAAUGCUGACCUUCAACCUGACCCCCAAGAGCAGCUCAGAUAUUACCCUCCGACCCUCCUCAGGCAUUGUAGCGCCUGGAGCCCACCAGAUCUUUAUUAUUAGCACCCACCCCAAGGGCACUGCCUGGAAGCAACACAUUUUCUACCUGCAGUUCAACUUUUACCCCCACUAUCUCAAGGAGGUGAGCAUGCAGAGCCGGGAGGAGCCAGUGCAACUGAAGCUGGACACCUGCAAAAGCAUCUACUUCAAGCCCACCUGGGUGGGCUGUUCUUCCACCAGCCCUUUCACAUUCUGCAACCCCACACGCAUGCCUCUGGAGUUUGAAUGGAGGAUCUCCCAGCAGCACCAAAGGACACUGGCUGUCCAGCCCUCCAAGGGGACCAUCCAUCCCAAUGAGACCCUUACACUGUCGUGGAUCUUCAGUCCUUUGGAGCAGACCAAGUACCUGUACCGAGUGGGAAUGUGGGUCUGGGAAGCCGGCCAGCACCUAAACACCAAGCUUCAGUCCACAACAUACUACAUGGUCCGACUGGUGGGCAUGGGCACCACUGCCAGCCUCAGUGCAAAGACGAAAGAGCUGGACUUUGGAAAUGUGCUGGUGAACAGCAGGCAGUCUAGGGACCUGGCUCUCCUGAACCAAGGCAACUGCACCAUCUAUUACCGCCUGACCCUGGAGCAGACUAGUCCUGAGGGCGUAGAACAUGACUCCCCAGCUCUGCAGCUGGACCACUCAGAGGGGAGCAUGCCACCUCGUUCCCAGUACACCAUCAGCCUGACAGCCUGCCCCAAGCACAGGUUCCAGUACUCCUGGACCAUCAGCUACUCUCUCGUGUCCUGCAAAGAUAACAAGGUUAGUGAGAAACAGGAGCUGUGUCGUGUCUCCCUGGUGGCUGUGUAUCCUCUACUCUCCAUCCUGGAUGGCUACUCCAUGGGCAGCACUGAGGGCAUCACCAGGAGGUAUUUGUGGCGCCUCUUCAACCUUGACACACUCAACAAUUACCUGGCACAUGAACCCACCCCCAAUGAGCUCACCUACAAGGUGCCCACUAAACACAGCAUCAACAGGAUACCUACCAUCUUAACCCCUUUGAAACUUGACUUUAAUUUUGGGGCAGCACCACUCAAGGCUCUACCCUCCGUGGUGCUCCUGGUCUUGAAGAACACUGGAGUGGUACCCUUGGACUGGGCCUUUCUCUUUCCAAGUGACCAGCGGCUUGACGUGGAGCUGUGGGCAGAGCAAGUAGAGCUCAGCAGCACUGAGCUCCAUCAAAUGCGCGUGGAAGACAAUUGCCUCUUCUCCAUUAGCCCCAAGUCUGGGAGUCUGUGUCCUGGAGAGGAGCAGAUGGUGGAAUUCAAAUACAGCCAUCUGUUCACAGGCACGGAUCGCCUCCCUGUACUGUUCAAGGUGUCUCAGGGCCGAGAGAUACUGCUGAAUUUCAUAGGUGUGACUGUGGAGCUAGACCAGAAGUAUGUGCACUUCGCUUCCACCAACCACAGCUUCACCCCUGUCCGCAUCGGUGACACGCUGCCCCCGCGGCAGAUCUAUGAGCUGUAUAAUGGUGGCUCAGUGCCUGUGACAUAUCAAGUCGAGACCAGUAUACUGUCACAGGUUCAGGAAAAAAAUUUUGACCACUCCGUCUUCUGCUGCCUCAACCCCAAAGGGGAGAUCCAGCCAGGCACCCUCGCUAGGAUCCUGUGGAUCUUCUCACCUAUUGAAGCCAAGACUUACACGGUGGAUGUGCCCAUACACAUUGAGGGAUGGAACUCAGCCCUUAUCCACUUCCGGGGAGUGGGCUAUGACCCCAACAUCAUGGGUAACACAGCCCCAUUCCACAACAUCUGCUUGUGGGACUCCAGCUCCAUACCAUAUAGGCUGAUGGUUCCUGGGCAGGUUGUCUUCCUGUCCCAGUCCCAUGUCUCCUUCGGAAACAUCCCUGUACAGAGCAAGUGUAGCCGGAUGCUCUUCCUCAACAACACCUCCAAGAAGGACACAAUCUUCUUCUCCUGGCAGCCAAGUUCCAUAGACUUUGGGCAGAUAUCUGUGGAUCCCAUGGAAGGGGAGAUGGCUCCUGAAGAAACAGUCCCAUUUGUGGUGACCCUGCAGGCCUCAGUGCAUGCUAGCUUUUAUGGCGUGGACCUGAUAUGUAAGGUGUAUCGGCAAGAACUCAUGUGGAAGUACCACAAGGAGUUAAAGGAGUGGGAGAAGGAGAAGAAGCGGCAGGAGGAGGAGUUUAUCAUCACAGACAGGAAAGUGAAGAGGAGAGUUUUCUGUACAGCCUGUGAACCUGUGAAGAGGUAUAAGACGCUGCCCCCCAUCACAAACCAGCAACCCUCCUGCCAGCCUGCCAGCUGGAAACUGCGGAUGACAAAGGAGGAGCCACCUUGGUCACACCCCCAGCCACCCACGCCAGCCAUUCUCUGCCUGAGCCUCACUGCCCGAACCCACGCCAUUGACUACUACCUGGCCAACUUCUUCUCCGAGUUUCCCCGCCACUUCUUGCACUGGGAACUGCCAAAGAAGAAACGCCACAGGGAAGAGACAGAGGCUUCUGCGGAAGAAGCUGUAGCUGAAGAGGUGGAGCCUGUCUCCAAGCAAAUGAAGCAGCUUCUAACUGACUGCCUUACCGCCAUCAUCAGGGGCCUGCUGGAAGACAAGAACUUUCAGGAGGCUGUGGAUCAAAACCUGGUAGAGGAAGUGCCCUAUUUCUGCCAGUUUUGGAGUGAGCAAUCCGCCCAGACCAUGGCCCCUUACGGCAGCCUGUACUUGAUGCCAGUCACAUCCAUGACUUCUGACAACAAGGCAGUGGGGAAGAAGGAAAGAGAGGAAGAGGAAGAAGAGGAGGAGGAGCAGGAGGAAAAAGAGGAGGAAGAGGAGGAAGAAGAAGAGGAAGAGAUGGAAGAGAUGGAAGAGGAUUUUGAGUUUGAAAAGCUGGAGAUGGAGGAGGAAGAGACAGAGGGGAAGGAAGUAAAGUUGACCUGGAUGGGGGUUGAGCCUAUGCUGCAGCAUUCCCAGCAGUCUCUGCAAUGGCAGUGGAGUAAGAAUCUGAGACACAUGAAGAAGGAAGAGCAGGAGCAUGAUGAGAAAGAGGCCAUUGGAAGGCUGCGUGCCUUCGCCAACCUGCAGGAGGCGCUGUUGGAGAAUAUGAUCCAGAACGUCCUAGUGGAGGCCAGCUACGGGGAGGUGGUGCUCACCUCGCGGCCGCGCAUCAUCACAAUGCGGCCGGUGGACGCGCCGCCCCCGAGGACUGACGUGCUGCCGUCCCCGCAGCCAACAGAGCAGCAAACGGAGGCGUCCAGCGUGGCCGCCGCCGACCAUACGACCGCUGACCCUACGACCGAAUCUUGGCCGAUGUCGCCACCCACCUCCUCUAAUAUUCAGCCCUAG